CAUUUCUUCCUGUCUUCUUCGUGUAAUCGGAUUUAAUGACCAAAGACCUCAUUCAUUCGCACCGGUCAUAGCAUUGACCUUGUAUUCGAUUAUCUCCUAUUGGCCUCGGCGUAGGAACGCAUCCGAAACCCAUGGACACAUAUUCGGAAUCUCCGGGGCCAGACGUGCCAUCCAAGAAAAAGCUCAAAAUCGGGAAUGGCAAUGCAUGUGAAUUGUGUCGCUCUAGAAAAGUGAAAUGCGACGGAAUGCGCCCAGCCUGUAGCAAUUGCAAGAAAAAGAGAAAUGAGUGCAUUUAUAAGGCUGUCUCUAGUGUCUUACACCAAGAGCCUGUGCAGUCAAUUCCCGGAAUUGGAUACAGCGGUAGUCCUGGAACAUUCGCUGGAGAGGUAAAAGCUGCUAUUGAUGCCAAGUAUGGGGGGGUUUCUAGUGGAUCAUCCAUUGCGAUGCCAAUGUCAGAUGCUCCUUUAUUCGAAUUGCGCUUACCUGGUCGACGGCCGGGUGACGGGCAGGCGGAUAAAGUCCUACCACCACGUCGACAGGCAGAUCAUUUACUGAGUAUAUUCUGGCGGUGCAUACAACCCGUUGACUACAUGGUCGAUGAGAAACGCUUGUGUCGGUCAUAUGAAAUGCUAUUUGAGGGAAGAGAUCUAGAGAUAGAUGAGCGAGUCUUCAUUUCCACAUUGAAUAUCGUCUUCGCUUUUGCCAUUCAGGUUCAGGAAUCUAUCGCAGCUGCGGAGAGGAAUGAGGUGGCGGGCACCUAUUUUGAGAGAGCUUGGAACUUACUCCGCCCUGAAUCCGUUUUAUGGGAGCCACCGUCGUUAGAGGUUGUGGAAUGCCUCUUACUAAUGAGCCGAUAUCUUCAGUGCACGAACAAUUCACAUCAAGCAUGGAUGGCAGUUGGAUCGGCAAUACGAAUUGCCCAGAGCCUUGGUAUUCAUCUCCCGAAAGCUUCGGAGGCUGGCAUAUCGAGUGAUCUGGCUCAUUGGCGGCAGCAUCUAUGGAACUGCUGUGUAUUUGCCGACAUGUCAGUUUCGUGGGUGCAGGGUCGCACGGCGAUGAUGUCCUUAGUUAGUCAACAUACCGCUCGCAGGAGUCCCCCCUUUCGUGAUGAUUUGAUCCACACACUGGAACUGCAUGAAAUUGUUCAUCAUAGUAUUAUAGCACAAACUCCUGUUGGUGGUGGCCUGGCUGAAAGGUUCGGCCCACACGGGUCUUGUCAAAAGAAGGAAUCCUACUGUAACUCAGUCCUGCAACAUGAGGCUUGCUUGAACCAAUGGGAGAAGGUCAGGCUGAAAGGGAUUCCAUCCGAAGAAGGCGAUGAUAAUGAAACGAAAAUGAAGAGGCUUAGCCUCCAACUUCGGCUAUUGCAUGCUCGAAUCUUGUUGUUCAGACCAAUGGUUGCUCGGUGCUGCUUCAUGCAGAAUAACGCGCCCGUCGCUGCUGAUGCUCAAUUUGAGUCAUCUUACAUGGGCCAUAUGAUACAAUACGGCGCCUUUCAAUGUAUUUUGAACGCCCAAAGGAUGGUAGCAUUACUUGACAAAAAUUGCAGCGUCAAUGAAUCUGCUUACAGUAUACCUUGGUGGUCUCGGAUUUUCUACCUCCAUAUGGCGGGAACUAUUCUACUCGCAGCGAUGCAAUCCACGAGUCUUUUCACAGAGGCAGUAUCGGACAGCUGGCAACAAACUCUCUCAGUUUUCAAGAAGCAUGAGCAUCUCAGCCUCUAUAUACCACAGUAUACAGCACUGUUCCAAUCUUUGGCGAGAAAAGCCUCGCAUAUGCGCCAUCCUCCAGAGCACAGUGGUUUUAUGGAAGAGCUAUCGGAUACCCAAUUCCAUGACACAUUUCUGGAAUUUGGCUUUCACAACGAUAGCUUUCUCUUUGAUGAGCCCGAUGAAACUUGGUUUAAUUCAUUUCCAGCCAGUUGA